GUCGUAUGAAGGCCUUUUUUCGUGGUCGUAUGCCUAUCAUCCCCACACAAUUUUGCUCUUCUAGUACCGUUACUCUGUGAUAGUAUUUUGUGGGUUGUUACUGAAUCACUGUCUGAGUUUUGUAAGUGGCAUUUCAUCGCGGUAUUUAGUGUCUGGAGAACGCAUUGCUCCAGUAGGUAUUCCUCCUUCGGGGGUUCUCAUUGGUCAAGUAUUACCCAGGAGGCAUGUGGUAACAGUUGAAAACUUGAAGAACAGCAGGGGGAAUAAACGACAAAAUGGAUUUCAGUGAUGCUGGUCAGAUCGUACCAAUUGCACUUCGACGGACACAUCGGGCCAAUGCAGGAGCCAAAAGAAAGGCAGCUGAGGAAGAGACAGUCAAAGAAAAAGAUAAACGAAGAGAGAUGAAGAAGAAAAAGAAAAAGAAACUUCCUGCAUCACUGAAUACUGCAGCAAAUUCUACACAAUCUGUAACGAAGCUGGCAGCUGACUUUAUGCGCUCAAAACACAAGGUUCCUGUUCCUAAAGUUAUCAAGAAUCUACAUCCACACAAUGACUUCUACUGCUGGAUUUGCCACAACCAGAGGUAUGAUGGUAAAUUCUUGUACUGUAAUGUCUGUCCGAGGGCCUACCACGACACCUGCGCCAAUGUUCCCUGUCCUCAACCAGACUGGGUGUGUCUGGAAUGUGAGAAUAUCACAGAUGCAGAAUGUACAGAGACGCAAUCCAAUGCUAUGGCUUCGCUUUCUCUUGAUAAACUGGCAAAGGUUCUACGUACAGCCAUUGGAAAGAUGAAACGAUACACAAAUUCUCUGCUCUUUACACCAAUUGAUGACCUUCGAGAGUUUCGAGAUUACAGACAGUUUAUCUUCCAUCCCAUGGACCUAUCUCUAAUGGAAAAGAAUGUGCAGAGUAGAUCGUAUGGCUCCACGGAAUCAUUCCUUGCUGAUGCCAAAUGGAUUGUUCACAAUGCCUUUGUGUAUUUUGGAGGUGGAAAUAGGUACAGCAAUGCUGCAAAAUCUUUUUUAAAGGCUUGUGAAACAGAGAUGGCUGAGGUUGAGUUAUGUCCAGACUGUUACCUAGGUGCUGUUUGUAAACAACCUCAGUGGUUCUCUGAAGUUUGUACCAAGCCUCAUCCACUGAUCUGGGCCAAGCUGCAUGGUUUCCCUUUCUGGCCUGCUAAGGCAAUGAAGGAAGAGGAUGGUCUCAUUGAAGCUAGAUUCUUUGGACAGCACGAUAGAGCCAUGAUCCCAGCUCACAACUGCUUCCAAUACUCUACCAAGAUCCCCUUCCCAGCCUCAAAGAAGAGACUAACAGGACUUAAUGCUGCCAUCAAGGAGGCAGAGGUUCAUAUCAAGAAACUGGAGGAAAAGCAAGGUCACCCCUUCAAGUAUGCCCCUCACCUGACUCCAUAUGAUCCCAACAAGCGCUACACAACUAGCUCUCUGGCAGUCAUGCCCGAUGGAAAAGUCAAGUGCCUGACUGAUGCAGGAAAGAAUGCUGAAUCGAAGGCGAAGGCUGUUGAAAAUGGUGAAGAGGCCUCUAAGAAGGAGAAAGAGGAAGAGACAGAUGACAAAAUGGAUAUUUCUCUUGCCUCUAGUGUGGAGGAUGAUAAGACAGAUGGGAAAGCGGAUGCAUUGACGGAGAUGAAGACAGACUCCUCUCCAGGAUCUAGUCUGGAUGGCAGUGAGCUGGAUGUAACAGGAGACUCCUCACAGUCUCCAUACCAUGUUGAUUUGGAGCAUAGCUAUGCUUCAAGGGAAUUCCUGACAAUGCAAAAUGAGGAGGGAAAAGCGGACCAAGAAACAGAGAAGGGCUUUCAAAAGAAGCAUAUUGACGAUUCUAAUGAAAAUGUGACUCAGUCAAGAGUGAAGGAGGAUGAGGGUGAACACUCUGAUACAGCAGGCAAGGAAUACCAGAAUGACGAUGAGGGACAAUCCAUUGAUACUGACAGAAAAAGGAAAGUCUCUGAGUCUCCUCAACAGCCUGAGAAGAUGCCAAGGAUGUCUUCAGACAAGGAUAGCAACCUAUCACCAGGAAGAACAGGACAAGGUACUGUAGAACCAGAUGCGGAAGAUCCUGAUAAACUUAAAACUUGUCCCAGGGAUGUCACAAAGGAAGAAGGUACUCACACUGUCGAGACCAUUGAUUCUCCAGUCUCAAAGAAACUCGUCGCCAAAGAUGAUGACAAGUUUAGUAUUCUACCCAGCCGCCUUCCUAAACUUGAUGAUCUAGAGUCCAAUGUGAAUUCAUCUGAAGCAAGUUCAAGCAUCCCUAAAGAAGAGGUGAAAUCUAAUCAGUCAACGCCUAGAAAGGACACCUUUCUUCUUAACCUGAGCAAGACCAUCGACACCUGUAAGGCAUCCCUAGGCAUUGAUGAGGAUAUGGAAGAAGAGCUGGGAGAUGAAGGAGGCAGAGACGAAGAGGAUGGUUUGGAUGAUGCUGAUAUGACAGGAGAUGAAACAAUGGAGAGUGAGGUUGAUGAUGAGGAAGAGGAAACAGAGAAAGCAUCCUUUCAGGCUGCAAGCCCUUCUAACGACACAAGCACCAUGGAUGAUGCAACUGAUGAGUAUGCAGGAGAAAAUAUGACAGAAAGUAAAGUGAAUCAGAUGCUCAAAGAUUCUCAUAAGGUUUUGAAAGAGGUAGUCAAGACACUUGAAGACGGUGUGGACAGUCCUGUUAUAUCUGAAAAGGAUAGUCUUGCAAUGGAGACAGAAGAUGUCGGUGAUAGUGAGGAAAUCAAUUCCAGAGGAUUGAGGGGUGAUGAAAGCAAUGAGAAAGAGAAGACAAAUGAUCAGACUUUGGCAGAGUCUUCUAAGGUUAUAGAGAAUGAUGAGUCUCAAUCAGAUGAAAAGUUGAAAGACAUGCCAGCCCAGGCAAAGUCAACCCAAGUCAUGGAUGACAAAGCUUCUAUUGAUGAUGAUAUUGAGGAUGAUGAUGAUGAAGAUGAUGUUGGUGAAGAUGUUGAUGAUUAUGAUGGGGAUUCCUCAGAUGGGGCAUUACUCAUUGAUGAAGGAAAUGACGAGUCGGGCGAUCAAGAGAAGAAAGAAGAUGCCACAAGAAAAUGCAAUAAACCAGAUGAUGAAACGAAGAUCACAAGGGAUACAGACAUUACUCCUGCAAACACUAACGACCAGAAGGAAAAGAAACCAGAAGGGAUACAACCCAAGGUCAGUCAGGACAUAUCUUCUAGUGAAUCAACAGAGCCUGAAGCUAAACAAGAAGAAGCAAAGGACAAAGAAGCUAAACAAGAAGAAGCAAAGGACAAAGAAGCUAAGGACAAAGAAAGCAGUCAAGAGGCCAAGAAGAUACCAGCAGUGGGAGACAAGAAAGUUGCAGAACUGUCAAAGAGUUCUAAACAGUUAAUGGAUGGAACUCCAAAACCUGUGGAAAUGGAUCCAGACUACAAAAUGUUAAUUGCCAAGGUUGUUGAUGAUGCAGUGAAGUCUUUUAAAGAGCUUGAUUCUAGUCUUGAGGAUGCUAGUGAUGAAAUCAAGAAGCUUGUCCUUGAUCUGAAGAGAGAAGUAAUUUCACUCAAAGCAAAGCAAGAACUUCAAGAGAAGGAAAUGAUGCACUGUAACAAUCUAGCUGCAGCAGAGAUCCGUCAAGUGAUGGAAUACAGUAAAGAUUGCAAGCUGAAUAAGGUGAAGAGAAAGUUUGACCUACAGAGGAAAGAUGCUAUCUUUGACACCAAGGGAAAGCAAUGGUGUGCAAGUUGCCGUCAGGAAGCUAAUUACUUUUGCUGCUGGAACACUAGCUAUUGUAGUUAUAAUUGUCAGGAGCGUCAUUGGCAAAAGCAUGAGAAGAAGUGUCAGCAGAAAUCUGGGAAUUUCCCAUUUGCCCCUUCUGCAGUAGUGGAUCCAUAUGACCCCUGUCGAAAGAAGAAAAAGAAGAAGAAGAGGGUAAGAGAGGAAGAACAAGCAUGGCUGAAAGAGUAUGGUUUUGGUGGUGAAGAAAGCGACAAUGAUGACCCAACAUGGGAACCCGACCCUGAGGAUUAUCCAACUAUGGUUGCGCGGAAGAAAACAUAUACACUUCCUACAAGCAAUACUACCAGUAACCCUAAUGCCUUGAGGAAGCCCAAUCCUGGCCAGUACAUUCCCAAUCGCUCGUGGACACAGCCAUCAGGAAAUGUUGCAUCUCGUCAGAAUGUGAAGAUGGCAUCCAUGACCUCUCCAAUGGGAACCCAGCAAGUCAAUCCUGCAUCAAAGAUAAUCACACAGACACCCUCUAAGGUGAUGUACAUGCCACCAGUGCAACAGAAUGGGCCACAAGUCAUCGGCCAGAAUGCUUCUACGGGGCAAGUUGUAAUCAACUCUCAUACGAAACCUGUGAAUUUUGUUCCUGGUCCAAGGAAUGAUGUGUCCAAGCAACCUAAUGUAGUUUAUGUUGGGACUAGCAAACCAGGGAUACAGAUGGCAUAUCCUACUUCCAACCUCACCGUGCAGGCCAACCCUGGUAUCAGCGGUGGAAUACAAAAUCAGGGCACUCCUAACAUGCCUUUCAAAUUACAGAUGGGAUCAAACAAGUUGCCCAUGUCUUCAUUGGUCCAAGCACUUGGGCAGCCCGUGCAGCAGGGUAGCAAGUUCUUCAUACAGGUCACACCCGGACAGCAAGGCAGCAACGGCAAGACGGUCAAAGUCUCGCAGAUGCCACAACAACCUAUUCAAGCUGGCAAUAUGCCCAUCAUUCUCAAUAAUGUGAUUGGGGGGUUGCCACAGGGACAAAUUGCCCCAGCUGCAAUUGUGAGUGAGAAUGUUUUACAGAAUAUUCAGCCCGUUGGUGGGAAAAAAAGUGUGGUAACGGUUCCAAGGUUGGCUCCUGGUUCAGCACCAAGUCCAAAGCAGAUCGUCUUCACUGUACCUAAUGCCACAAAUACUGCUGUAAGCUCCAUCAGUGCACCGUCUGUUGCUCCUGUAGUUGUGGGUAGUAAACCUGUGGAAGGAAAUAUUCCUCCUGGAAUUAAAAUGCAAGUGACUUCAACCAAGAAUUCUUAAAUGCACCGCGUAGGGACACAAGCAAAGUGGUGGAGUUAUAUUCAAUUUCUUACUUAUCACAUUUGGGACGUCAUGAAAUGGCAGCUAUUAUGUUAAUAAUAAUAAUAUGAGAAAGGGGUCAUGACUGGAAACUCCUUGAAAUGACUGAGGGAAAAAAAGACUUUACAAACAGCAUUAAUCCAAAUGAGCGUGAAUAGAAUGGGAAAGUUUUUUAUUGUGAAAUCAAACAUCCUUUUCACAUAAAAAGAAUGAAAGGGGUCAUUUCUUUCAUUCAUUAUAUAUUGAUGCUGAAAAUGAAAUUCUGAAUUUGUCAAUCUUUCAGUUCAAUGUAGUGUGAACAUUUGUUUAUGUCACAUUUAAUUUUUAUAUUCUACAUUAGCCAAUAAUACUCGGUUUAUGAGGCUUUUUUGUGAUUAUACUUUAUAACAUCUUGGCCUUGUCUCACAAAGAGUUGCGAUUGAUCCGAUCAACCACAAGUAUGGAUGGCUAGCAACAUCAUCGUCUUAAACACAGAUUUGUUCAAAAUAAUUCCUAGAUAUGAUGUAUAUUCAUACAUACCUUGUUCUCUUGAAGAUUCAGUGUAAUUCACUUUGUUUACUAAUGAGAUUGUGCACAUUUCCUGGAGA